AGUUGAUUGAAGAAAACAAGGAGGAUGAAGAACUGAAUGAAGAGGAGAAACAUCACGUCAAAACUGGAGAAAAACCUUCGAGUCGCUCUCAAACCAAACAGAAAGAUUUAAAGAAAAGAAGAGCCAAGAAAUCUUUCACCUGCACUCAGUGUGGUAAGAGCUUGAAAUGCAAACAGAGUCUCAUGAUUCACACGAGGAUUCAUACUGGAGAGAAACCAUUCACUUGUGAUCAGUGCGGGAAGAGUUUCACACAAUCAUCACACCUUAAGAGACACAUGAUCAUCCACACUGGAGAGAAACCCUUCAGAUGUGAUCAAUGUGGAAAAACAUUUUUAAGUGCUUCACACCUGAAGAAUCACCUGAAAGUUCAUACAAAGGAGAAACCACAUUCAUGUUCUUUGUGUGGAAAGAGUUUUUCACAUCUGCAGAAUUUAAAAGUUCAUCAGAAGAUACACACUGGUGUGAGAGAUCAUAUGUGCUUUGAGUGUGAGAAGACUUUUAUUACAGCUCAACAUUUGAAACUGCACGAGAGGAUCCACACUGGAGAGAAACCUUACAAGUGUUCACACUGUGACAAGAGAUUCAGUCAGUCAUCACAACUGAAAACACAUGCGAGGAUCCACACUGGAGAGAAACCAUUCAAAUGCAAUCAGUGUGGGAAGAGUUUUACAUACAAAGGAGGCCUUAUGCUGCAUAUGAGAGUUCAUACGGGAGAGAAGCCGUUCACAUGUGAUCAGUGUGGGAAGAUAUUCGCACGAACAUCAAAACUUAAGGAUCACAUGAACAUCCACACUGGAGAGAAACUGCAUGAAUGUGAUCAAUGUGGAAAAACAUUUUUGUGGGCUUCAAACCGGAAUAAUCACCUGAAAGUUCAUUCAAAGGAGAAACCACAUUCAUGUUCUUUGUGUGGAAAGAGUUUUUCACAUCUGCAGAAUUUAAAAGUUCAUCAGAAGAUACAUACUGGUGUGAGAAAUCAUAUGUGCUUUGAGUGUGAGAAGACUUUUAUUACAGCUAAAGAUUUGAAACGGCACCAGAGGAUCCACACUGGAGAGAAACCUUACACGUGUUCACACUGUGACAAGAGAUUCAGUCAGUCAGGAGACCUGAAAACUCACGAGAGGAUCCACACUGGAGAGAAACCGUAUCACUGCACUGCAUGUGGGAAGAGUUUCAGUCGUUCAUCUUAUCUACGCAGUCAUACAAAAAAGAUUCACAGUCAGUAGAUCAUCUGGAUUUAUAAUUUUCUGUCUAAUAGGCCGCAAGUGGUAAAAGUGGACAAUUCAUGAUCACCCACCAUUGUUCUUAAUACUGGUGCCCCCCAAGGAUGUGUGUUAAGUCCAUUUCUUUACAUUCUCUAUACGAAUGAUUGUCAGAGUCCAUCUACUACUAUUCAUUAUUUUAAAUAUGCAGAUGACAGCUAUUCUUGCGUUGCUCAAAAACAGUGAUAACGAUUCUUUUUUGGACUAUCAACGUUCCAUAACAUAUAUUAGCACAUGGUGUGAUGACAAUUUUUUACAUCUUAACAUUUCAAAGACUAAAGAACUGGUUUUUAGCUCCUCCAAAACACAGAUCCAUCCCAGUAUUGACAUUAACGCGGAGAUGGUUGAAAGAGUCGAGCAUUUUAGAUACCUUGGCAUUACAUUGGAUGAUCAUCUCAGUUUUAAUCAGCAUAUCUUAGGUAUCCAUAAAGGCUGUCAGCAGAGACUUGUGGCGCUUUUCCACUGCGUGGUACGACUCG